AUGGCAUUUCAGGGUUCUUCUUAUAAAUUGUAUACCAAAAACAAUGGAAAAUAUUUGGGUCUUAUACAGUUAUUUGCAAAAUUUGAUCCAGUUAUGCAAGAACAUGUUGGUCGUAUUUUGAAAGAUGAACUGGUAGUUCAUUACUGCGUUAAUCACUGGCAGAUUUUGAUUGACCAUGUAAGUUCUUUUACUCUAAAAAGACCUAGCGACACAUGUUGGGAGGCUAAAAUCUCCAGUGUGAAAGCGGUUCGAUACCAAGUUGCAGAUAUUCAUGAUGCAAUUAUCUCUCUUUCUGAAAAAGAGGAAAAACAUGACCAUGAAAUUGCACAUGAAGCUUGUCAACUGAAAGAUUUUAGUUUUCUUGUUUUGUUGGUGAUUUGGUACGAUAUACUUAACACAUGGCUGUAUCAAGUUUUUGGAAGAAUAUUAAAAAAACACUUGGAGACUGCUAUAUCAAGUGCCAAAGAGCUUGCAAAACUUCUUGAAGUUGUACCUGAAUUUCAAGCAACAAAAAGAAUAUGUUAUGUGAAACGACAUUUUGUUUAUGAGAGCAGAGAUGAUCAAAUUGUUACAACACCCAAGAAACAAUUUGAAGUUGAAUUUUUUAUUCCAUUGCUUGACGUAGCCAUCAUGUCCAUUCGAAAGAGAUUUCAGCAACUGAAUCAGCAUGCAGAAACAUGGGGGUUCCUUUACAAGAUAACUGAACAAACAAAUAGAGAGCAGCUUGAAAAGUACUGCAGUGAUCUCCAGCUUGCUCUGACUACUGGUGUGGAUGCAGAUAUUGAACGCGGUCCUCUAUGUGAUGAACUGAUCAGUAUCUGGAAGUUUGUAGAAAACAUGGCAAUGCCAACUCCACUCACCAUACUGAAUUUUAUUAAAACAUCAAAGCUAGAAGAUCUAUAUCUGAAUAUAUGGGUUUCUUUGAGAAUCUCAUUAACUACACCAGUUUCUGUGGCUAGUGAAGAGAGAAGCUUCUCAAAAUUGAAAUUAAUAAAAACGUAUCUGCGAUCCUCUAUGUCCCAAGAAAUGUUGACUUCAUUAGCAACCCUUUUCGAUUGA